CGCAUCCAUUGCGCAUGCGCCGUGCGAGUGUCCCCGGAAGUACAUCACUGCACGCGUGAACGUUGACAACCUUACAACUACAAAACAACUAACCUGACAGCUGCCCCGUAACACGCCUCCGCAGUGAUGCCAGUAACACGCCUCCUAUACCCUCUCUACCAGUUGGGGAACCCUCAGCUGAGGAUCUUCAGACCCAACUGGUUCCUGACUCUGGUGAGGCCCGGAAAAGAGCAGCCUCCGGACACGGUCCAGUUUCGCAUCCCAAUGGAAAUGACCAAGUAUGACGUAAAGAACUACCUGGAGAAGAUCUACGACGUCCCCGUAGGAGCGAUCCGCACCAGAAUCCAGUUUGGCUCCAACAAGAAGAGGAAUCAUCUCCACCAGAAGGUUAAGCAGCCGGACUAUAAAGUAGCCUACGUUCAGCUGGCCCAGGGCCAGACGUUCACCUUCCCAGACAUCUUCCCAGAAAAAGAGCUUAAGCACGAGGAGGGUUCUAUGGAGGAGAUGCAGGAGAAGUUCAUGGAGGACGAGAAGCAGAGGCAGAGGCUCGACCCCAGGAGAGGAGGGGUCACGGAGUGGUUCGGACUAUGAGAUGCCCCCCCACCCCGGACCGGUCGCAUUAUUGGUCGUGGGUGUCUGAUUGGGAGCUUCUAUUUCUGUAAAGAAACCGUUCACAAUGUGCGUGUUUGGGGAGACGUGUGUGUGUGUGUGUUUGUGAGGCUUUGGUCCAGUAACACGUGCCGCAGGAGGAGGAGGAGGAGAGUGGCCCGGCUCCAUUAAACCAGCCCACUGCACAGGAUCACCAUCACCUCAGACGACCUCCUCUUCUUCCACCUCCCACCUUUCCUGUUCCUCCACCUCCUCAUUUUACCCCUCUUCCCUGACAACAGCAAAGCUCUACUUCUACCUUUUCUUUCCUUGCCAUAUCUUUUGAGAGGGGGAGGGGGAGAGUUUCCUUUCCUUCCCGUCUGUCUCCUCUGGCGUCCCUGCUGUCCUCUUCCUAAGUUGUGGCAUCCCUGGUAACCCGGACUCAGCCAGUUGGAUGAGACUACCUGGACAACCCACAUCCUUUCCUCUUUUUAUGAGUUCGCCUCGGACUAAUUGACCAAUUUAGGUAAACAACAAUUGAGUUGUUGUUUAAGCGAAGCAACAACGUGGAAUUUGCCGGAGUGUUUUAUUAUUUUGCGGCGGCACCUCUGGCCAUAAAUCUUGAGAGGCUGUACCCAGUGUUUGUGUGUGUUUGCCUAGCGUGCGGGACCUGCCGCUGAAUCUGUCUGAUUGUGGGUGGUUGGAAUAAGAACCAAUAAAUGGUCACUUGUCCAAAAGUG